AGCGGACGAUAACAACGGAACGGAUGAAUCGCUAAUGUAUCUUUGUUAUCGCAUUUAAUGAGCUACCUAGAUUGGGUCAACCAUAAUUAUUGUCGCAUUGUUCCCGUUUCGCCAAAUAUUCCACUUAUCGAGUAAACUGAGCUUUGACUCUGAAUUAUCAAUCGCCAUUUGGGUCAUUUUCUAAGUGUUUGUUUUCACAGCGCUAUCGCACGCUGCCGUCCUGUGUUUAUCUGUCAGGCGUCCAUCCAGAGCUCUGCUGCUUUCGCGCAAAUUAUUGCGGCAUUAUCGACCUUAUUGGGGACCUUUGGCUGGGGAGAAUUUAUCUGCGGUCCGUCACGUUACAGCCGGCUGCGACAGCAUGUGCACGGGAGCAAAGGGUGUCGGUUCAGGUCGCCUGUGUUUACUGCGAGAAUAACGAUAGCCGCUGUGUGGUUCAGUUGCUUAUCAACUGUCGUCGCGAGCGGUCGUGCGCGGGGAUGUCGAAUUGAAAUCUGGCGGGGAAUCUCCACUACUUGAUUCAAUAGACCAAUAAAAUUCGUCCGAAUUUCAGAGACCAUUCCAUGAUAUUUCGUCAAUCAUAUUUUAAAACUGCAUCAAGAUUUCGCGUGCAAGUGUGCUGAGGAACUGUAGUGUGUUGGACGGUGAUGUGAGUGCGGACUGUUCCCUGGAGAUGGAUACGAUGCUGAACGUGUGGUCGGUGGUCGAACACGCGCGUGUGGCGAGUGGCGCCGCCGAGCUGGCCAUCUUCACCGCCAUCCUCUACUGGUUCUUCACUUCCAGCCGCGUGGCAGACAUGCUGGAGGUGGUGGGCGAGCGGGUGGGCGGGUGGUGCGGCCGCGACCCCAGCUCGUCGCUGCGCCAGGCCGUGCGCGCCAAGAAGCGCCAGCACCAGGCCGACGUUUACGCCAGGCUGGACGCUGAGAAACAGGCUAGAAGCACAUCGCUGUACCGGGUGAAGGAUGGCCCGGUGGUGCCUCCGCCGCAGCCGCCGCAGCGCGCCACGGCCGGCCUCGCCUGCGCCCGCUGCGCCCCGCUGUCUAGGGAGUCAUGGCGCGACCCGCAAGGUGCGUCAGACAGCGGUGCCGUCAUCAACAUCCUGGACAUCGGGCGGCAGACGUAUGCCAACGGAGGCGUCGUGUCGCGCUGCCUGUGCGACGUGGCCCAGUGUGUCAACCUCACCAAGUAUGACUAUAAGGAUAUGGUGCCGGAGGUGGUGAAAGACGACAGGUUCCAGCAGGCCAUAGAGGAGACCACUCAGCAGGAGCUGCGCGACGGUGGCGCCCCCAAGGCGGGCAAGACGGCGGCAUAUGUCAGCGUGCGGCGGCGCGUGGAAGCUAGCGCCAUGAGGAUACUGGCCGAUAUUAGCUCGGCUAUGUCGAAUAAUGUGCUCAGAUUCGUAGCGUGGGCGUGCCACAAGGCGAUCCGGCGCGUGGCGGGCGGCGGCUGCGGCACUCGAGCCGCGUCCAUCGAGCGUCUGCGCCGCGCCAAGGCGGCCGGACUACCCCUCAUCUUCGUACCACUGCAUCGGAGCCAUUUUGACUAUAUACUGGUCACGUUCACGCUGUAUCUGACGGGUCUGAGGCCGCCGCUGGUCGCUGCGGGCGAUAACAUGAGGAUUCCGUUCUUUGGUUGGUUCCUUCGAGGGUGCGGUGCGUUCUACAUCCGACGAAGGAUCGACGGAUCCGAGUACCAUGGAGACCCCGUCUACAAGUCCGCACUCAGGGCAUACAUUCUGAACAGUCUGUCGGCUAAGAACAAUCUGGAGUUCUUCAUCGAAGGCGGUCGCACCAGGACGGGAAAACCUCAGCCUCCUAAAGCGGGCAUCCUCUCAGUCAUAAUGGACGCCUACCUCGACGGCACAAUCGACGACGCGCUCCUAGUCCCUGUCACUCUGAACUACGACAAGCUAGUCGACGGCAACUUCGCCAGGGAACAGCUGGGCAGAGCCAAACAGAUGGAGACGUUCUGGUCAGCUCUGAGAGGGAUAUGGAGGACGCUGCAUACUGACCAUGGGAGUAUAAGGGUGGACUUCUGCCAGCCUAGCUCGUUGAAGGAACUAGUGACCUCCUUCCAGAAGUACAACCACCUCAAAUCCCCCAUCUCACCUCCCCUCUCUCUCUCUCCCGCUAACAACAACGCGUCGCUCGCGACCCACCUGGACCGCCAGAUCCUGUUCAACCACAGCCACUCCAGUCUGUACGGGGCAGAUGUGAGCACGGAGCACAAGAUGAUGGUGGAGGCUAUUGCGAGGCAUCUUGUCUAUGACGCAGCAAAAGCGACAGCCCUAAUGAGCACAAACGUCGUAUCAUACGUCCUACUCACCGAGUUCCGUCGCGGCUGCUCCCUACAAGCGCUGGCGCAGCGCGUGACGUCACGCGCCGCCCGGCUGUGCGCCGCCGGCCGCGACCUCGGCUACAGCGGCGAGCCCGGCCACGUCGUCAGACACGCCCUGGACAUGCUGGGCACGAGCCUCGUCCUCGUGACGUCACGCGGCGCCGCCCCCCGCGCCUCCAUCCCCGCCGCGCUCGAGCUCGCGUACUACUGCAACACCGUGGUCGCGCACUACGCGCCGCCAGCCAUCGUCGCGACAGCUCUAGAAAGCAUCAUCAGGCAGCCGGGAGCGGACCCGGACGUCGUGCGACAUUCGACCCUAAUGCAAGCGUCGUUAGAGCUAUGCGUCAUUCUGAGCCAAGAGUUCAUACUGACAGCGCCCUGCCAGAGGACUGAGGAGCUUAUUACUGACACCAUAGGAGCUAUGAUUGCCGACGAGACUAUCAGCUCUAUUGAGCCGGCAGCAGGGCUACAGGAGCAGCAGUGGUCGCGGCGGCUCGCGCAGACGCUGGACUUCGACGAGGAAGAGGAGCGUGACCGCACAGACACCAUCAAGUAUAGGGUCAACCACACGCCGGAGGCUAUUGCUGAGAGACGCCGCCUAAUCCUGACGAUCCGGCCGCUCCUCGAAGCCUACUCCGCCACGUGCCGCUGCCUCGCGUCCGGCGUGCAGAAGGAGGUCGUCAAGAACACACUGGACUAUCUCACUGACGAGUACUCGCAUAAUAGGAUGGUUUACGGCGAAGCAGUAUCCACAGACGCGAUCCGCAACUGCAUGCGCGUGCUGAAGCAGUGGAACGUCAUCGACGUGUACUCCGAGGGACGCAACCGCCUCAUCCGGAUAUGUGCUCCCUACGACGACCCGCCCAGUCUGCAGGCGGUCUGCCAGAACGUAUACAAGUUCAACAUGGACACCCCACUGCUCGCCGAGACCGCGUAGGGUGACCACGAGACAGUGGAACUGAGGAAUCAUAAGUAUGGCUGUGGAUUAAACGCGCUACGUGACAAGUAUCCCAGUGAUAUAGACUAAAAGGAAUCGUUAUAAAAAUGUGAUUUAGUGUAAGGGUGGUGUUGUUCACACAAUAUUUGCUCCGAGUACAAUUCGUGCACUAAAAGAGGCAGGUUUUAUAAAUACCGUUCCAUUUUUUUUUGUUUUGUGAGUGUGUUUGUGUGUGUGCUGGUCUUAGGGGACAGCGUGAUCGUACGAGGUUACUCUAGAUUUAUUUUAUGAUAUUUUGGACAAAGUUUUAAGUUACUAUACCUACCAACGGUUGCAUUGUUAUAAGAAUGUUGUAAUCUUCAGUUUUUAAGAUCCUUUUAACGAUAUUCAAGUAAACACAUAAUUUACCACAAGCCUUUACGUACAAACCGCAUGUAACGGCUAAGAUUUUAUAAUAGGAAACAAUAAUAUCUGCCAAAAAGUGGAAUAUUUAGUGGGACUAUAAUAAUUUAAUGUUUAGUUGUGUGAAUGCGUUUGUUAUUCGCAGAUAUUGCUCAAAGAUUGGAGCCAAAAACUUUGAAUAAUAUAUAUUUUAAUUACGUAUAGUAUUUAUUUACAUUACUUAUAUUUCACUACUUCGAUCUUACAACACUAUUUACGUAAUGUUGUUUAAUAUUCACUUAUAUUUUCCAAUGAAGUAGUUUAUAAAUCUGUGUGUACUAUUAGCACAAUAUUAAGGUCCAAAAUUUGCAACCAAUAGUAAGUUUUAAAACGGCGCUAUCUAUAUUUUGUAUAUUACGGAACACGAUGGCAAAGUUAUUAAAUAUAAGUAUUGUUUGUUUUGUUUCAUAUUAUAUUAUGUAAAAAUAUGAUGUGAUCUCAAGAUUGGAACAAUGUAUCUGAUAUUUUUUCCUGUGCCUUAGAUUUGUGUGUGUGGCUGGCCUAUGCUGAUGACUGAUAGAUAGGCAGUUUGUGUAUGACUUCGUAAAGGUGCAAAUUGGUAUCUGGCGACAUGAGGUAACAUGAUGAUCUGUCCUAACGUCUACUGGUUUCUCUGUAUUUCUAUGGACCGAAGUACAUGUCGCUGUCCUAUCAGUUAGCACUUUUUUUGUAGACCUGCGGUGUUUCAUACACAAACAGCAUAUCUCCUUAGAAUAGAUUUUAAGUUUAAAACUGAUGUUAAUCAAAUAAAUGACUAUUCCCUAUCUAUACUCUCAAGCGAGUCUGUGUUGGUGCCGCGAUGACUCAAUAUUGGAUCGCGAAUAUAUUUAUAAGUGUAAUAGAAACAGCUCUUUUCUGUUAAAGGUUCAAGUUAAUACAUACACUCCUUUAACAGAGCAGAUAGUAGAUGUGGGUUAAGUAUAAGUAAGUGUAGCUAUGAGUGGUUCUAGGCAGCUGAAUAAUAUUCAGUGUUACUGUUAUAAACAUGUGCGUUAUACAAGACAAAAGUGUUAAGACAAAGGAACAUGUCAGUAAAUAAAUAUACCUACAUAUUUUGUACAA